AUGUUGCAGAGAAUUACCGGGCAGCCUUCAUAUUUUACGAUUGCUCACAACACUUUGAUCUCGCUGGAAAAGAAAUUGGAUAAUGGAUACGGCGAGAUUGAACACAACAACAAUGUCAUAGAGUAUAGUGUUGAUGGCAUAGGGCGAUACAUAGUGAGUAGACAGCCAUCUGUUAUGGAACUGUGGGUGUCAUCGCCGAUAAGCGGUCCGAGCAAAUUUGAGCUGAAAGACAGGCACUUCGUUGAGAAAAAGAGUAAAACAGAGAUUAUGAAGUAUUUUGAUGCAGAAGUACAGAAAAUAAAGAGAUUGGUGAAGGAUAAUGGAAAUAUAUAAGGAUUUGCGUGUUUGGAGAGGAAAUAUACGACAAAAUAGAGAAAUUAGUAUUUCAGGGCAACCAUUAAAUUAAUAGUUUGGGCGUACUACGUUUAAAUUGCACUUCUUUA